AUGAGCUCCACCAUUGUCCACCACGGGCAAUCCCCAGACGACUAUGGUCUUGAUGCUGUCGCCAGACACAACGCCCAAGUGUCGACUGAAUAUCCAGACUUCACGGAAGAUGUGAAGGGGUUGGGUAUCUAUCCCGAUCCAUACACCAUCUACUCGCAAGAGUCGUAUGUCCAGAACCCGCCAACACCACGGUCCAACACCGGUAGUGAUGGUGUUCGCACUCGGAGCGGUCGCUCUGCUCGACGGACCGACUCGCCGUUCAGCACCAGCAGAUCCAGAGUCACAAAGUCGCCAGCUGUCCGGGCCAAGAAGGAGAAGAAAAGCAAGCUCGACAAGUCCAAGACGCCCAGACUCACUGCUCCUCUGUCGGUCUUGACCAAGGACAUGGCCACUCCUGUCCGUGACAUUGAAGCUUGGGUAAACCGUUCCGUCGAGGAGAGAGUCAAAGAGGUGGAGAAGCGCAACGGAUAYGUCACUCGUCCAAUGAACUCCUUUAUGCUGUAUCGCUCAGCCUAUGCCGAGCGCACCAAACAGUGGUGUACCCAGAACAACCAUCAAAUCGUCUCUUCGGUCUCGGGAGAAAGCUGGCCAAUGGAGCCCGAAGAGGUUCGCAACCAAUUCGAUCUGUGGGCCAAGACGGAGCGUCAACAUCAUCACGAUGCCCAUCCCACCUACAAGUUUUCGCCCAGCAAAGCCGCCAACAAGCGGCGCAAGGGGGAGAUGUCCGAUGAUGAAGACAGUGAUCUGGACAUUGUGCGCGAUCCAGAUGGCGAAUAUCGCGGGACUCGGAACACACGCCAGCGUCGACAGCAAGGCCAGAUGGAAUAUCUUCCCGACCUCCAAGGCUUCUCGUCCACACCGUACUAUGAGCCACAGCAGAUGCAGCAACACGAGUACCACUUUGCUCCUCCCCAACGGCCUCUUCCGUCAAAUGUGUACAAUCAGCACGUCCAACAGUCGUAUGAGCAACAGUAUGUCCCGCAGGGCAUAUCGCAGUACCCACAACACUUUAUGCAUGACAUGCAGGUCCGCGCCCCCACUCCCGCAUCUCUCAACGGCCAGCAGAUGCAUAAUCUCGGAAGUCUGGGCAUGCCUGGUGGUCAACAACAAGGAGGAGGCCACGAUGAGAACCUCUUCACCAAUUCCCGCACAAGCACCCCGAUGCAGCAAUACUCCCAGUAUCCUGCUCAAGGUGGACAAUUGCAGUACCAACAACAACAACAACAACAACAACAGUACUAUCAGCCCUCAUAUCCACACUCCAUGGCCCCAACACCGCCGCCCACAUUCGAGAACCAGGAGCACGCAGCAUAUCUCCAACAUGCUUCGCAGCCGCAAGUCGCCAUUGAUCCUUCGCUUGGUCUGGAUACGAAUGGAGAUGUCCAUGUCGGUCUUCCGGAUAGUCAUUUCGAUGACGCUAUUGCGGGAUUGCCUUCUGCGGAUUUCACUAGUAUGGCGGGAUUUUACGAGUCGAGUAGUCCGACUGAUGCCAAUGCUACGCUGGGGCGGAGUUGGUCUCCGGGGUCGAGCUUGAGAUGA